AUGCAACGUCAUAACAGCACCUAUGUCGUCAAGCGUGACGGGCGCAUGGAAGAUGUUCACUUUGACAAGAUCACCUCCAGAAUUCAAAAACUCAGCUACGGCUUGAACAUGGAAUUCGUAGAUCCAGUUGCCGUUGCUAUCAAAGUGAUCAGUGGUUUGUACAAAGGAGUGACAACUGUUGAAUUGGACAACCUUGCCGCUGAAACUGCCGCUUCCAUGACUACUCAACAUCCAGAAUAUGCUCUUCUUGCUGCCCGGAUUGCUGUCUCGAACUUGCACAAGAAAACUAACAAGGUGUUCUCGGAGGUUAUGAAGACACUUCACGAGUUUCAUCACCCACACACUGGAAAGCACGCCCCAAUGAUCAGUGACGAGACCUGGGCUAUCAUCGAGAAGAAUGCUGAUAAGCUGAACUCUGCGAUCGUCUACGAUCGUGAUUACUCCUACACCUACUUCGGAUUCAAAACUCUUGAACGUUCCUACCUUCUCAAAAUCAACAAGGAAAUCGUUGAGCGGCCACAACAGAUGUUGAUGCGUGUUUCUAUCGGAAUCCACGGAGAGGACAUUGCUGCUGCCAUCGAGACGUACAAUCUGAUGUCGGAGCGCUACAUGACUCAUGCUUCUCCAACUCUCUUCAACUCUGGAACAUGCCGUCCACAAAUGUCGUCUUGCUUCUUGCUGACGAUGAGCGAGGAUUCGAUUCUUGGAAUCUACGACACUUUGAAGCAGUGUGCUCUCAUCUCGAAGAGCGCUGGAGGAAUCGGGCUCAAUGUCCACAAGAUUCGUGCCACCGGUUCUGUCAUCGCUGGAACUAACGGAACAUCGAACGGACUCAUACCAAUGCUUCGUGUCUACAAUAACACUGCUCGUUAUGUCGAUCAAGGAGGAAACAAGCGUCCAGGAGCAUUCGCCAUCUACCUCGAGCCAUGGCAUGCCGAUGUUUUCGAGUUUGUGUCACUCCGCAAGAACACUGGACCAGAAGAGGAGCGUGCUCGUGACUUGUUCCUCGCUCUCUGGAUUCCGGAUCUCUUCAUGAAGCGUGUCGAGAAGGAUCAGAAUUGGUCUCUGAUGUGCCCAUGCGAAUGCCCAGGACUUGAUGACUGCUGGGGAGAGGAGUUCGAAGCUCUUUACGCCAAGUAUGAAGCUGAAGGACGUGUCCGCAAAACUGUCAAGGCUCGCAAACUGUGGGAACACAUCGUCUCCAAUCAAAUUGAGACUGGACUUCCAUACAUCACCUACAAAGAUGCUGCCAAUCGCAAGUCCAACCAGCAAAAUCUCGGAACCAUCAAGUGCUCCAACCUCUGCACUGAAAUCAUGGAGUACUCAGCUCCAGAUGAGAUCGCUGUCUGCAAUCUUGCUUCGAUCGCUUUGAAUCGUUACGUCACUCCAGAGAAGAAGUUCGAUUUCAAGAAGCUUGCCGAAGUCACCAAAGUCAUAACGAAGAAUCUCAACAAGAUCAUCGAUGUCAACUACUACCCAGUUGAAGAAGCUCGUAACUCGAACAUGCGCCAUCGUCCUAUUGGUCUUGGAGUUCAAGGACUUGCUGAUUGCUUCAUGUUGAUGCGUUAUCCAUUCACUUCGAAACAAGCCAGAGAUCUCAACAAGAGAAUCUUUGAAACGAUCUACUACGCUGCUUUGGAAGCCAGUUGCGAGUUGGCUGAGAGAGACGGACCAUAUUCGACAUAUGAGGGAUCUCCAGUGUCGAAAGGACAACUUCAGUUCGACAUGUGGGGUGUCACACCAACCGAUCAAUGCGACUGGGCCGCUCUUCGCAAAAAAAUCGCCACACACGGAAUCCGCAACAGUCUUCUGAUGGCUCCAAUGCCAACUGCUUCUACUGCUCAAAUUCUUGGAAACAAUGAGUCGAUUGAGCCAUACACCUCAAACAUCUAUUCUCGUCGUGUUCUUUCUGGAGACUUCCAGAUAGUCAAUCCACAUAUGCUCAAGGAUUUGGUUGAGAGAGGAUUGUGGACUGAUGAAAUGAAGAACCGCCUCAUAGCCAACAACGGAUCCAUUCAGAACAUCCCAGAAAUCCCAGCUGACAUUAAGGAGCUCUAUCUCACUGUGUGGGAAAUCUCUCAAAAGGAAAUCAUUGAGAUGGCUGCUGAUCGUGGAGCAUUCAUUGAUCAAUCUCAAUCUCUCAAUAUUCACAUGGCUAAACCAAGCUACGCUGCAAUCACUUCGAUGCACUUCUACGGAUGGAAGCAAGGCCUUAAGACUGGAAUGUACUACUUGCGCACGAAGCCAGCUGUCAAUGCUGUUCAGUUCACAGUCGACAAGGGUGCACUCAAGGCAAAGGUCGACCCUAAAGUUGCUGCUCUUCAGCAACAAGAUGAAGGAUGCCUUAUGUGCUCCGGUUAA